UGUCACAGACACACACUCGCACGCGCAUACGGCCGUCAGGCGUGUCAGAGAAGCGCUCGAGCCUCUGUGAGUUGAGAGAGAGAGAGAGAGAGAGAGAGAGAGAGUGAGAGAGAGAGUGAGAGUGAAGGAAAGCGCGCUCUGUAGUCAGUGUUUUACCGUCGGCGGGAACGGGCCGACCAGUGUGUUAGUUAGUGGAGGUUGUCCGGUUUAGUCUGGUUGUUUUUUUAUUUGUUUUCUCGCUUCUAUAUAAUGGGAUUCUAACAGCAGCCGGGCAGCGGGCGCCGCCGGCUCCUCCUGACCGGAAAAUGAAGCGUCUCUGUCGGAGGCUGGCGGUGGCCGUGGCGGUGCUGGUGUGGCUGGGGGCGCUGGUUUACCUGCUGGUGCUGAGCCGGAGGAGGCUGCCGGAGCUCGGUACCGGAGUAGGGGGUGGAGGAGGAGGAGUAGCGGGAGGCGGAGAGACAGCGUCCAACCAGAUCUCAGAUGCCGAGUGGGAAGACAUGUUGGAAGGUUUCGAUGAGCGGGGUUACCUGAGCGCUCGGCGCUGGAAGCCCGGUGACGACCCGUACACCCUGUACGCCUUCAACCAGAGAGAGAGCGAACGCAUCCCCAGCAACCGAGCCCUGAGAGACACACGACACUACAGGUGCACCACUCUUCAUUAUGACUCUGAUCUUCCUCCUACCUCCAUCAUCAUCACCUUCCACAACGAGGCCAGAUCCACCCUGCUGCGCACCAUCAGGAGUGUUUUGAACAGAACUCCAGUUCAUCUCAUCCACGAGAUCAUUCUGGUGGACGACUUCAGCGAUGACGAAAGUGACUGCCAGCUUCUCAUCAAACUGCCCAAAGUCAAAUGCUUUCGCAACAACAAGAGAGAAGGUCUGAUCAGGUCCAGAGUGCGGGGGGCCGAUGCUGCGCGGGCCGGGGUCCUCACCUUCCUGGACAGCCACUGUGAGGUCAACAAGGACUGGCUGCCCCCCCUGCUGCAGAGGAUCAAGCAGGACCCAACCUGUGUGGUCAGCCCGGUCAUCGACAUCAUCAACAUGGACACUUUUUCCUAUGUGCCGGCGUCCGCUGAUCUCCGGGGAGGAUUUGAUUGGAGUCUCCAUUUUAAGUGGGAGCAGCUUUCACCUGAACAGAGAGCGCGUCGGACUGACCCGACCCAGCCAAUCAAGACUCCCAUCAUCGCCGGCGGCCUCUUUGUGAUAGACCGGUCCUGGUUCAAUCAUCUCGGUAAAUACGACACUGCCAUGGACAUCUGGGGCGGGGAGAACUUUGAGAUCUCGUUCCGGGUGUGGCAGUGUGGCGGAAGUCUGGAGAUCCUGCCCUGCAGCAGAGUGGGUCACGUCUUCAGGAAGAAACACCCGUACGUCUUCCCCGAGGGGAACGCCAACACCUACAUCAAGAACACACGUCGUACAGCUGAGGUGUGGAUGGACGACUUCAGUCUAUUUUACUACUCUGCUCGGCCUGCAGCUCGGGGGAAAUCCUACGGAGAUAUCCGAGGCAGAGUGGAACUCCGCAAGAAGCUCAAGUGCAAAUCCUUCAAGUGGUACUUGGACAACGUCUACCCUGAGCUCAAGGUCCCAGAUGACUCUGACUCUCAGUCCGGGGUGAUCAAACAGCGGCAGAACUGUCUGGAGUCUCGCAGGGUGGAGGGCCAGGAGCUGCCCGUCCUCACACUGGCUCCCUGCGUAGGAACAGAGGGGGUCCCUGCCAUCAGCCAGGAGUGGGUGUACACUCACGGGCAGCAGAUCCGACAGCAGCAGCACUGUCUGUCUCUGUCCACCACCUUCCCUGCCUCCCAGGUCCUGCUGAUGCCCUGCAACAUGGCCGACGGCAAGCAGCGGUGGCAGAAGUCGGGGACUCACUUGGAGCACCUCGUCUCUCGGUUCUGUCUGGACUCGGAGAUGGCUCUGGACGGGAUGGACUCCUCUCGAAUGCUGGUCAUUAGCCCCUGUGAACUGAGUGCGUACACACAGAGAUGGGAAACCCCCUUCUCCUGACCCCUGACCCCUGUGACUUUUCACCUCCACAAACCUGCCCCCUCCCACCCCCCCCCCAAUCACAGCCUCCAAGUCAUGCGCAGAGACAGCUGCUCUGACAGACUGAAGAUGCAUGAGCACAUCAUGUCAAGGUGCUGCGAUGGAGGUCGCUGAAUGGAACAAACUUCUUGACGCCUCAUCGCGGUUUAUCAUGAGAAGAAAUCAAGUGUGGAUCGGUCGGGUCUUGAAUCCCAUUCUUAAAGGAAGAGGCGCUUCAGAAACGUCUGGUUUGUGUGGAGAUGAAAUGUUUGUAUAUGUGUAUGUUUGAGGCUGUUGAGAAGUUUGGGGAAGAGUCUAAGUGAACCAAGUGCACCUUAAAAACCCUGACCUGUCAAAGAAUCCACUCGGACAGAAACAGUAUAUCAGAGAAUGCGUCUUGUAAUAUUUUGCAAUCAAAGUGUCUGAUUUUACGAGGAGGUUUAAGAAUCUGGGAAUUAAAACCAAGCACAACUCGAGAUUUUAGUUUACUUCAGAUAACUGUCACUGUUUUUCCUGCAGUAGAAAAAUCCAGAUAGAAUUUGUCAAAUGAUAAAUCAGUUUUUCUUGGGACCCGACUAGGAACUCACCAGAGUUCAGUGUCUCAGAAGCGGACAUGUUGGUUUUAGUUUUGUCUUUUUUCUAAGGUGAAUUGAAACAUGAAUGGGAAGUGUCUUCUUGCUCUAACUUGUAAGAAUUAACUCGGUACAGUGGUCAUAUAACUUGAUGAACAGCACACAAUCCCAAUUUACUCGCGUUUUUCAACCCAGCUGAUGAACCUCUGACCUGUCUCACCAAGCGGGAGUUUUAAAGUAGCUGGAUAAUCAACUCUAAUCUGGAAAAUGAAGAAGUUUCAAGAUAGCUUACAGUAGUAACCCUGCUUUGUGGCACAGACCCCCAGAUUGCUUUGCACCAAAAGAGUAAAAGGAUGAACCAAAAGAUCAUCAGAGACAUUAGUAGGUCUGGAUGGAGUCUUCACUCAUUACUGUUUGUGAUCAUUUCAAUAAUGCUCUUAAAAUUAUAUAUUAUCUAUUCUGUUACCUGAAAAACUGUUCCAGAUGUUACCGCUUUUGCGUUUGCAAAGGGGACAUUUCGUUGUUUAUGUGAUCAUAGUUUUCGAGUAAAACAUUAGCAUACCAUAGCUUCCUUGGCUGUUUGAUCGCAGAAGAAGAAAGGAGGAGCGUGGAUGAGAAGGAAAGACACGAAGAAAGCCAGGACCGAAGAGCAGGCCCUGGCUGAGAAGACAGUAUAUUUGGAGGCAAUUUGAAACAGAAAAAAAGCAUAAACACAGCAACAAAAGGGCUACAGGUGUACAGGCACAAUGAGGAGUAAGAUAUGAGAAAUAGAGCAGCACACUCAUGCUGUUCUGGGGGUCGAUCAGUUGAUUUCAGUGUUUCCUGUUGCCUCAAAGAUGCUGCUUCCCCCCCGUGUUGCUAUGCAUGUAACAAGUUUUAGUCGUUGACUUUAUCAAACUGGAGGAAAAGCUUUACUCACAAUGGGCCUCCUUCACUAAUAUCUUCCAAAGUUUUUUUCUUACAUUCACAUAUGAAUCCCUUUCUACUUUAACAUUCAAAGCACAUGCCAGUUAAUACUAAUUAGCAGGUAAACGCCCCACCAAUCCCAAUAAAAGGACACCAGACUGCAAGAAAAGUUGAGAGAAUUAAUUUAAAAUGCUCAUACAAAAGUCUAAAGAGGCAGUCCAAACAU